CUCUGUCUUUCAUUCAAUGAAAAAAUUAAUGCAAUCAAAUGCAAUUUGUCAAACAAGUACAACGAAAGUCAAAAUAAAUAAUGAACUUUAUACGAUAAUAUUUUUGUAUACUUAUAAGUUUUAGCAAUUUUCACGUUCAUUUUGGUAAUAAUAAGUAAAUUUAUGCUUACCUAGAUAUUUUAUUGUGUAGUAGGAAUCUUGAAGACUAAAUUUAAUAUCAUGAAUAGCAAGAUAUUAAACACAAUAGCCAAUGCAAUCGAUAAUAAAGAAGAGUUAAAAAAAAGGAUAGAAAAUGGCAAAACAAUUCAUCAAGAUUUACUAAAUUGCAUAAAAAAUUGCCAAAAUCGUUUUGGAGGGAAGUCGGAGUUAGCCACAGAAGAUGACAUAAGAAUAGCUCAACUAUGUGAAAAAUGGGAGAAAUUGCUUAGCCAUGGCAUUAGAACUAAUUUAUCAAACUCGGCAAUUCAGAAUUUGGUUACAGCAGGUUUAAACUUCACUUUUAAUAUUGUUAAUGUUGGAAACUCUCUGUGGAGUUACACUUGCUUACAUUUAACGAAACAUGAAAAGGAGAGAUUCAAAAUUCUAACGAAUAUUAACACACCACUUGGGUACUUCAGAGCAUUUCUAAGAGCUGCUUUAAAUGAGAGGUCUCUUGACAGAUAUCUUCAGAGCUGGAUAAGUCAUGGCCUGCUAAUGGAAUAUUAUGAAGAAGGUGCUCUGGUCCGAGGUCCUGAAACAUCACAUCUUUUUCCAAGCAUGGCUGCAGGUUUAUCAACAGUGUUGUUUGCAUUAUCAAUUGACAGACCAGAGUUGAAUGACUCACAACAAGCUAAUCAAACUAACAAAGCAGAACAUGUGAUACCUUUACCAAUGCCAGUAAAAUCAUCGAGUAAUUUAAAACGAAAGCCAUUGAGACAAGUUAUAUCCUUUGAUAAAAAUGACCAGAAAAAUACUAAGAGCAACAGGAAGCAAGUAUUCGGACCAACAGAACAAAUUGAUAAUUCUGCUUGGAGCAGUGCACCCGCCACUUGCCUCAAUUCACCAGAUCCCAAAAUAGUUGCCCAGGCAGCUUCAAGUAGUGAGCCCACAAGUUCAGAAUACAAAACCAGUUUAAGGCACUUUUUUCCUGACAGUGUCAAAGUUAUGGACAGUCCUUCACAAAUUCUGUCCAAACUUUCUGAAUGUGCUAAGGAAAUAUUUUCAUCUUCUAAUAGUAUUGAUGUAAGCAAUGUCAUCAAGGAUGAUGUUUCAGAAUUAAGUAUAAAUAAUUUAAAAAUAUCAGAAAGUGACAGUGAAGAAGUGGCAGGCAGUAUUGAUGGUAGUACUUCAUGUUUAGAACUCUGUUUCACAGAGGAUGAAAGUACACCAGAAGAUAAGACAUUACAUGCGAUAUUAGAAAAUAAGGAAAAAGAAUAUUUAAAUUUGCAACUAAAAUACACUCAAAUGGAAGUAGCUAGUAAGGAAAAAAUUAAAAAGUUAGAAAAUGUAGUAUUAGACCUGAGCAAAGAAAAUGAUCGAUUAAAAGAGCAAUUGCGGCAUUACAUGUCAGCUGUUGAAAUCGCAAAAGCUUUAAAAAGUGAAAACGUAGAUAAUACAGAAGUUGAUCAGUAUGAAAAGAAAUUAGUUCAGGUCGCUGAAAUGCACGCUGAAUUAAUGGAGUUCAAUACGUAUUUACAACAGCGGCUUAAAGAGUAUGAGAGUAUAUCCGCAUUAGAAGUGCUGGAUUACCCUGAGUCUAAUGUGAAGGCACAUAUACCGACUGCAUUCUUAGUUGGGAAGAAAGCGCAUUCAUAUCAUGUAUAUCAAAUUUACCUGAAGAUAGGACAAGAAGAGUGGAAUGUGUACCACAGAUACGCAAAAUUUCAUGAACUACAUACGCAGCUCAAAAAAUGUCAUCCUGAUAUAACGACAUACAAGUUUCCUCCAAAGAAAACAUUACGAAAACGAGAUUCCCAUUUGGUGGAACAACGACGAGUGGCUUUGCAGGCGUAUUUGCGACAUAUACUGCUGGUGUUACCGGAGCUCAGAGAGUGCACCAACCGUACACAACUUAUCACUUUAUUACCUUUCUUUGGAACUUCGUCUACUACUAAGGAUAAUGGGUUUAAUAACCCACUAGAUCGUCAACAAUCGAAUGAUUCUAUUUCUUCGUACAAUGCACUAUGAUAUUGUUUACUUAAUAAGAACAUACCCAAGUUAAUAAGUACAGUAUUUUACACUGCGUAACUUAUCUUUUAGAUAUUUAUCAGAUAUCAGAUUUAUGUUACUUGUGUGUUAGAGGUAGAGCGUAUAACGAUACAUUGCAUAUGCAUAUUAAACAAAUUUUUAUAAGACACAAAUAGCUAUAAGUCUAUGUACAUAUGUAAAAAGUAAUUUAUAAUUUGUGUACCUAUUUAUUCAAGUGCUUAUUGUUGGAAACCUAGACUUAUUUUACAACCUGAAAUAAAGAACAUGAUAAUAU